CAGUGAUUUAAUAAAAACUUCAAAAAAAAAAGAAGAAUAAUAUUUGUUUGUGCAUAAUUAAUUUAUAUAUAGCAGUUAAUUUGUGCAUUUAGUGAAUCAUCGAAAUGAUCGAUAUAUGUCUUGUGAAUAAAAAGUUUUUUUAUAACAACAGCUACAGUGGAUUGGAAAAAUGUCUGCUACUCAUAUCCAAAUGGUAAAGUGGACUUUUCCAGCUUUUGCUCUUAUAAUUGGUCUAUUAUGGUACAAACGACGUCGAGCAGACAGAGUUGAUCCAGGUGGAAUUAAUAAACCAGAUCGCAACGAGAAAAAUAUCGCCAAUCACAAAAAAGUUACUCUAUCAAAUUCUAACUUAAGUUUUUACGAUUCUGGCAUACAAACUGACGAAUCCUUCUCACAAAGUUCUUCUAAUCAACCAGUAGAAGAAAUCAUUUGUAGUCCUAGAAAAAAAAGCGAAAGUUUAGAUAUUCCACAAAGAAAAAGUGGUUCACAGAAUAUUUCUGUACAUUCUAGAACUCCUCCUAAAGACGAUCAGGAAUGGUAUAGUUUUGUGGAUUCCUCGUCGAAAAUGGAAAUAGAAUUAGGUUGUAAUCCGAAAAUAAGCAAUUUUGAUAUGGUUGCAAAAAGUAUAAGUACAUCCUCUUUAGAAAAUACUGAUGAUUCUGGAAAUAAAAUAUUAAAAAUAUUUGAAAAUGUUAUUGAAGAGGAAGAGCAAAAAUUAUCUUCUGAGAAUAAAUCAAUAGAAUGUCAGUACAAACGAAUAGAUACAAACGAAGAAAAUGAUAUAAAUAAUGAAUGCAAUUAUCUUCCAAGUAAAGAACCAUCUGUUUCUACCCCAUCAAAAGAUAAUUCUAAAACUCCAACACAAGCAUUAUCUGAAAGGGAUUCUGCUAAUCACAGUCCAGUUUCUGGUGUUUUAGAAGGUAGUGUCACAGAUGAAGCCAGAAGUGAAGGAAGCACAGACAGUGGAAAAGGAGGAAGUAUUAAAGGUCAUACAAAAGACAAUGUAAUUGCAGUAACAUAUGAGUUUUCUAUCCCACAAAAUUUAGUUGGAAGAUUAAUUGGUCGUCAUGGAAGUUUUUUGCAAAAUAUUCGACACAAAGCUGAAGUACAUAUAGUCGUUAAACGUCAUCCUGUAUGGAGAGAUCAAAAAAUUUGUGCCAUAGAGGGUUCCGCGGAAGGAAUUAACAUCGCCCUAGAUAUGAUACGACAAAAAUUUCCUGAGAAGAAAUAUCCUCAUGUGACUCUUGAACAGAUUUUACCAUUAAAAAUUCCAGAAGAGAUCCCGUGGGUCACUGAGUUAAUGCAGUUAUCAUUAGUAGAGGGAAUGAAUAAUGAUGUUGUUAUAUGUCAUAUAGUGAAACCAAAUCAAUUCUUUGUUCAACUUCCUACUCAUCCUACAUACCCAUCUUUGAGAAUUUUAGACGAAAAUAUGACACAAUUAUAUGAAACAACAGAAUCGCCGCCAGCUCCAGAUGAACUUAGUAAAGGUAUGAUCUUAGUUGCAAAAUGGUAUAACAGGUGGGUGAGAGUAUACAUUGAACAACCAGAUCCUCACGGAGAACAGCAUUUAGUACGAUUAGUUGAUCAUGGAGGUUAUUGGGUUUUUAGUAAUACUGAAAUGAGAAAAAUUAGGUCAGAUUACCUCUCGUUACCAUUUCAAGCAAUUGAAAUAUUUUUAGCUAAUGUUCAACCAAAGGACGGUGAAUGGAAUCAAGAGGCUUAUAAUGUAGUUGCUCACGUGUGUUGUGGGAUUGUCGGUCAAGCUCAAAUAGUAGGUUACAUCAAUACAAACACAUACGUUAAUCUGUAUCUUAAUAUUCAUAAACACGGAGUGAUAUCUCUCGCUGAUGAAUUAGUAGCUCGUGGUUUCGCGGAAUCCAUACCAUUAGAAAAUAUAGUUCCAGAAGAAGUAUCAGUUUCUUAAGGUAUGCAUUAGAAUAGUCUUUAAUAAAUAUAUU